CAAUGAGCUUCCUCAAAAGUUUCCCACCACCCAGCCCUGCUGAGGGACUCCGGCAGCAGCAGCCAGAUACCGAGGUUGUGUUGGACGGGAAGGGUCUUGGCACCGGCACCCUUUACAUCGCUGAGAGCCGCCUGUCUUGGUUAGAUGGCUCUGGAUUAGGAUUCUCACUGGAAUACCCCACCAUUAGUUUACAUGCUGUGUCCAGAGACCUAAAUGCUUAUCCACAAGAACAUUUGUAUGUUAUGGUGAAUGCUAGAUUUGGAGAGGAAUCAAAAGAAUCCAUUACUGAUGAAGAAGAGGAAGAUAGUGACGAUGAUGUUGAACCUAUUGCUGAAUUUAGAUUUGUGCCUAGUGAUAAAUCAGCAUUGGAAGCAAUGUUCACUGCAAUGUGUGAAUGCCAGGCUUUGCAUCCAGAUCCUGAGGAUGAAGAUUCAGAUGAUUAUGAUGGAGAGGAAUAUGAUGUGGAAGCACAUGAACAAGGACAGGGGGACAUCCCUACAUUUUAUACCUAUGAAGAAGGAUUAUCCCAUUUAACAGCAGAAGGCCAAGCCACAUUGGAGAGAUUAGAAGGAAUGCUUUCUCAGUCUGUGAGCAGCCAGUAUAACAUGGCUGGGGUCCGGACAGAAGACUCAAUAAGAGAUUUUGAAGAUGGGAUGGAGGUAGAUACUACACCAACAGUUGCUGGACAAUUUGAGGAUGCAGAUGUUGACCACUGAAAAUGAU